AUGACAUCCAGAAAAUACUCCCAGAGACACGAAGUCGGAUCUCUCGUUCGGGAUCAACGACACAACAAGGUACACCACGCAAAAGAAAAGGCUCUCAGCGAGCGUUCUACCUGGGACCAGGAAUUCUUCCAUCACAAGCAAGAUGCAGGUAGAGCUAAUGAUCGUGCCAAGACCCAGGAGAGAAGAGCUGAGAGGAAAGACAAUGUGCCCGCAGAAAGAUUGUCUGACCUUGCCAUGUAG